AUGUCCCCCGGGGGCAAGUUCGACUUUGACGACGGGGGCUGCUACGUGGGGGGCUGGGAGGCGGGGCGGGCACAUGGCUACGGCGUGUGCACGGGGCCCGGCGCCCAGGGCGAGUACAGUGGCUGCUGGGCGCACGGCUUCGAAUCACUGGGCGUCUUCACCGGGCCCGGUGGACACAGCUACCAGGGCCACUGGCAGCAGGGCAAGCGCGAAGGGCUGGGCGUGGAGCGCAAGAGCCGCUGGACGUACCGCGGCGAGUGGCUGGGCGGGCUGAAGGGGCGCAGCGGCGUGUGGGAGAGCGUCUCCGGCCUGCGCUACGCCGGGCUCUGGAAGGACGGCUUCCAGGACGGUUACGGCACCGAGACCUACUCCGACGGAGGUACCUACCAGGGCCAGUGGCAGGCCGGGAAGCGCCACGGCUACGGGGUGCGCCAGAGUGUGCCCUACCAUCAGGCGGCGCUGCUGCGCUCGCCCCGCCGCACCUCCCUGGACUCGGGCCACAGCGACCCCCCGACGCCACCUCCACCCCUGCCCCUGCCGGGCGACGAAGGAGGCAGCCCGGCCUCGGGCUCCCGAGGCGGCUUCGUGCUUGCCGGGCCCGGGGACGCGGACGGCGCGGCCUCUCGAAAACGCACCCCCGCAGCCGGGGGGUUCUUCCGCCGUUCGUUGCUGCUCAGCGGGCUCCGGGCGGGCGGGCGCCGCAGCUCCCUGGGCAGCAAGCGGGGCUCCCUGCGCAGCGAGGUGAGCAGCGAGGUGGGCAGCACGGGACCCCCGGGCUCCGAGGCCAGUGGGCCCCCGGCCCCAGCUCCGCCUGCCCUCAUCGAGGGCUCGGCCACGGAGGUGUACGCGGGCGAAUGGCGCGCUGACCGGCGCAGCGGCUAUGGCGUGAGCCAGCGCUCCAACGGGCUGCGCUAUGAGGGCGAGUGGCUGGGCAACCGGCGGCACGGCUACGGGCGCACUACACGCCCCGACGGCUCCAGGGAGGAGGGCAAGUACAAGCGCAACCGGCUGGUGCACGGGGGGCGUGUCCGCAGCCUCCUGCCUCUCGCCCUUCGGCGGGGCAAAGUCAAGGAGAAGGUGGACAGGGCUGUGGAGGGUGCCCGUCGAGCCGUGAGCGCUGCCCGCCAGCGCCAGGAGAUCGCUGCUGCCAGGGCAGCAGAUGCCCUCCUCAAGGCAGUGGCCGCCAGCAGUGUUGCCGAGAAGGCCGUGGAGGCAGCUCGAAUGGCCAAACUGAUAGCCCAGGACCUGCAACCCAUGUUAGAAGCCCCAGGCCACAGACCCAGGCAGGAUUCAGAAGGUUCCGACACAGAGCCCUUGGAUGAGGACAGCCCCGGGGUAUAUGAGAAUGGACUGACCCCCUCAGAGGGCUCCCCUGAACUGCCCAGCAGUCCGGCCUCCUCUCACCAACCCUGGCGACCCCCUGCCUGCCGGAGUCCACUGCCUCCUGGAGGAGACCGGGGUCCCUUCUCCAGCCCCAAAUCUUGGCCUGAGGAGUGGGGGGGCCCAGGUGAGCAGGUGGAGGAACUAGCUGGCUAUGAGGCUGAGGAUGAGGCCGGGAUGCAGGGGCCAGGGCCCAGAGACGGUUCUCCACUCCUCGGAGGCUGCAGUGACAGUUCAGGAAGUCUUCGAGAGGAGGAGGGAGAAGAUGAAGAGCCUUUGCCCCAGCUGAGGGCCCCAGGAGGCUCGCAGCCUGGGCUCACAGUCACUCCAGUCCUGAGGGGCACGUCCUCCAGGGGUCCUGAUGCUGGGUGCCUGACGGAAGAGCUCGAGGAGCCUGGUGCCACCGAGAGGCCUGCCCAGCCGGGAGCUGCCAGCCUCCUGGUGGUGGGAGCCGUGGCCCUCCUGGACCUCAGCCUGGCGUUCCUGUUCUCCCAGCUCCUCACCUGAGGCUACUUCCUGGCCUACUUCUGGCUUUGGUGGCUGCCUCUUCACCCUUGGACCUGCCUUUUUCUCUUUUCCUCCUCCUGGUUGUUGUUUCUAUCUUUUUCUCUUCUCCCUUUCCUUUUCUAUUCCCCUUUGUUUUUGUCUCUUGCUUUUUCUUUAUCCCUCUCGCCUUUCAGAUUAUCUUAUUUAUUCUGGGUCUGUCUCUGUCUUCCUCACUCCCUUCCCCAUCCCCACCCCUUCUCUUUCUCUAGAUUGUUUACAUAUGAAGGGCUUUUCUCUCUCAGAGUUGCUUUCUUCUCUGAGACACACAAAUCAAGUCAGACCAUUGCCCCAUGCCCUCCUCACCUUUUCUUUAGACCUAAACUUCACUGAGGGUGGGGUUUUGGUGUCCUGAGGAGUCUCCUGGAAGCUGAAUGGAAAGGAGGAAAAAAGUGGAGAAGGGGUGACUGAAUGCUGCGAAGGCACUGGCUGAGCUGCUAUCACUCCCUGACCCAAGGGGCCAGGUGUCCCUCUGAGGCCUAAUGAAAACUGGAAGUUAGCCUUCACCUCUGAUCUCGGAGGAUCUUAGCUUCAAGCAUUGAGCUUGGCUCUUGCCUAACUCAGUCCUUCCCUGAGGGAGAUAUGGGAAUUGAAAAGUAGAAUGACUCUCUAACAUCUCCCUUUCUUUCCUCAAAAGCCCGCCCCUCCUCAACCCCCUCUGGUGACAUGGCAAGAGCAAGUGUAAAAGGAACAAAAAAAAUCCAGUGCAACCAAGUCCCCUCCCCCUCAACUUCGCCACUGACCUCUCCCACCCUUCUGUUUCCCCCUAAAAGUUUGGAUGGUCUGGACUCACUUGUGGCCUUUGAUUAAAUUCCUAAGGGACCUAAAGAAGGUGUUUCUACUGCAAAGGGUUAGAGGCACUUGAGCAAGGGCCUC